AUGUAUCUUACAUUCUUCGUUAUAGAGAAUUACUAUGCCCCGGCUUAUUUCUUCUUGAAAACGUUCGCUUUCUUUCUUCUUUUAUUCAUAAAUGGUAAUUCUUUAAUUGUUCUUUCCUCCAUUAUUGCUGCACCAUUUCAUGUCGAGGAAUUCAUUUUCUUCCUUUUCCCCCUAUCUGCUAUUCUUUCUUUCUUUCUUUCUUUCUUUCUUUCUUUCUUUCUUUCUUUCGUUCUUUUUUUCUUUUUUUCUUUCUUUCAAACAAGUAUUUUCUCUAUAUUUUUCUUUCUUUUUUUAUAUACGUUUAUUCACGUUGAUGGCUUAUUAUUCAUCCCGAUUUCUUUCUCUUUCCAAAUUUGUCAACAUUUUCUUUAUUUUCCUUUACUUAUUUCUUCCCCUAAAAAUUUUAAUUCAUUAUUUAUUGUUCCCCUUCCAAAUCUCUUCUCUUUCUCCUUCAAUCGUCACAUUUUUAUUCCAUUAACAAAAUCAUGCUUACAUACGCUCUUCCACAUUUAG